GUCUGUGACAGUGCCAGUGAUGGACAAGGACAGGUGGCUCUCGUGGACAGGCAGAAAGUGCCAUUCAUAUCUCUCUCACUCACUCACUCACUCACCCUUUCUUUCUCUGUUAUUCUGCUCCAGUGGAGAGGUUGUCCAUGAGAAAUCGUUCCGCUGUUGGCCGUUUCCCAGAAGUCACUCUUGGCUGGGGGGAUCUGGAGCCAGACAAGGCGGAGUUGGUGGAGGAGGAAGAUGACCAGAAAGAGGGGGCGUGCCGACGAUGGUUCCGGAAAGUGUGCCCCUGCUGUUGUCGCACACCGAGUGAUUCUGAGGACACGCCGGAUACAGUUGAGCCAGAACCCACAGAAAAUGGUGGGGGCGAGAAGCCCCCCAUAGGAGGCCUUGAACUUGAUGUGCUUUUACUUUCAGUACGCUCUGUAAACCUCCUCAAGUCAAAGACAGGGCAGAAUCGCAGAGAACAUCACACAGACAGCUUUCAUGGCGAUGACCUCAUCAUCCGUCGAGGACAGACCUUCAUGAUGUGGAUUGAACUGUCACGACCCUACGACCUCAAGACAGACAAGCUUCACCUGGAACUGAAGACAGGCAAGCUGCCCACCGUGUCCAAGGGUACGCAUGUCAUCAUCCCUGUGGUGGAGGAGCUGGAGGAUGACCGCUGGGAGUGCAAGAUCGUCGAGCAGGACGGCAACCGCGUUAAGCUGUCCGUCAAUUCGUUACCGACCGCUGCUGUUGGUCGAUACGAGCUCACCGUGGCGACCCACAGCCCGAAGGGCGAGGCCAUGUCAACGCACGACCCUGCCAAUGACAUCAUCGUGCUGUUCAACCCCUGGAAUGAAUAUGAUGCCGUGUACAUGGACAAUGAGGAUGAGAGGAAGGAGUAUGUGUUGAAUGACGUGGGGAGGAUUUAUUACGGCACUGAGAGCCAGAUAGGUGCCAGGACGUGGAACUUUGGCCAGUUUGAUGAGGGGAUGCUGGCAGCCUGCCUGUAUAUUCUGGACAAGAGUGGAAUCCCUGCCUCUGGAUGGGGAGACCCUGUUAAUGUAGUCCGAGUGGUUUCUGCUAUGAUCAACUCCCCUGAUGAGCGUGGUGUUUUGGAAGGGAACUGGUCAGGGAACUACCAGGGUGGGACAUCUCCAACGGCGUGGAGUGGCAGUGUGGACAUCAUCAAGCAGUAUCACAGCUCCAAUGGAACCCCUGUCCGCUACGGCCAGUGCUGGGUCUUCUCUGGUGUCACCACCACAGUGUUGAGAUGUUUUGGAAUACCCACUCGCAGCGUCAGCAAUUUCAACUCCGCCCACGACACAGACGUCUCCUUGACGACAGAUAUCUAUUUUGAUGAGAACUUGGAUGCGCUGGACAUGCUCAACUCUGACUCAGUGUGGAACUUCCACGUGUGGAAUGACUGCUGGAUGAGCCGUAUGGACCUGCCCCCUGGGAUGGGGGGGUGGCAGGUGGUGGACUCCACCCCUCAGGAGACCAGCCAGGGGCUGUUUCGCUGUGGCCCCGCCUCGGUCAACGCCGUGCGGACCGGACAAGUCUUCCUCAAGCAUGACGCGCCCUUCGUCUUCGCAGAGGUCAACAGUGAUAAGAUCUACUGGCAGAGAAAUGUCGACGGCACAUUCACUCAGAUCCACUCCGAGAAGAAGGCCAUAGGUCACUGCAUCAGCACCAAGGCAGUGGGCUCGGACGAACGUGCUGACAUCACACACCUCUAUAAACAUCCAGAAGGAUCGGAGGAGGAACGCAUCGCCGUGGAGACUGCCAGUCGCUAUGGCUCCAAGCCUGAGGUGUACUCGUCGUCCGUCACAGAGGAUGUUGACAUUCAGGUCAGCAUGGAUGGGGAGGGGCCUCGGAUGGGCGGGGAUGCUGAGCUGUCCAUCAUCCUGCGUAACACCAGCAGCAAGGUGCGAACUUUGACCCUGCACAGCCAGGUGUACGUCAUGUACUACACCGGCAUACUCCGUGCCAGCGUGAAGAAGGACGAGACGCCUGUGGUGCUGGCACCAGCAGAAGUCCAGACACUGGAGUGGGUCCUUCCAUAUCAGACUUACCAGGACCAGCUGGUGGACCAGGCAGCCCUGAUGCUGAUGCUGUCGGGUCAGGUCCAAGAGACCAAGCAGGUUCUGGCCACACAGUUCAACUUCCGCCUGCGAACCCCAGACCUCAUUAUCACACCUGUAGGUGAUGCUGUAAUAGGAAAAGAGAUGACCGCCAAGAUCUCUUUCACCAACCCACUGUCCAGGACACUUAAGAAUGUGAUAAUUAGAGUGGAAGGGCUGGGCCUGCAAAGCAUACACAAGAUUACUGUUGGUGAUGUGGUAGGCCGCGCUGUGGUGACCCUGACAGAGAGGUUUAUCCCAACGCUAGGAGGCCCCCGGAAACUGGUAGCAUCCCUUGACUGCAGGCAGCUCACGCAGGUGCACGGUGUCGCUGACAUCGUCGUGAAGGACAUAUAAGAGCCACUCGAACAACCCUGGAACCUGUGUGUGUGUGGUGUGUGUGUGUGUGUGUGUGUGUGUGUGUGUGUGUGUGUGUGUGUGUGUGUGUGUGUGUGUGCGCGCGCCUCAGCAGACCAGGGUGGCAGCGGUCCAAAGGAUUGUGUGGACCAAUGGGGAACCCCCUGCAGAAUGUCAAAGAGGAGUACAUUUCUCUGAGUACUUGAAUUUUUCUGAAGUGGAAAGAAACACAAUAGACACCUGUAAUUCUACAUGACAAGUCCAGUUUUGUAUGUUAGUGUUAAUCUAGUUUUAUUUCUUUGCUAUUUAUAGUUAUAUUUGCCUUGCACGGCUGUGUCAAUGUUUAUUUAUUGGAUUUCAUUACAGUUAAAUGGCUACAUAUUUCUGCUUUCUCUUGAUUUUGAAAGGGUUCAUGAAAUUAUGUUUUUUCAAAGAUGAGCUGUGAAGAUUUUGUUAAUUGAACAAAAGUAUGGAGAGAUGAAGGACUAAGGAGUGAUGAAGGCUUGGCUCAUUUUCACUUAUGUCGUUAUCUUUCUUUUUAUGUCAUGUAUUUUGCCAACUAGAAUUAGCUUCAAUUAUCUAAUUCUCACAAUUCAGAUGUUUGUGUUGUUUGUAUGCACUAUUUUAUUUAAGUAUUUAUUUAUUUUCUUAUUGUGCUUUUUAUCUACUGUUUUUACGAUUUUAUACUUGAUGUCCAGAAAUUUGAAAUACAUAAUUGUAAGAAAUAUGUUAUAUGAAUACAUUUAUAUAUAUAAAUGAUACAAAUCUCAUGACUUUAAAUAUAAUCAUUUUUUCAGUUUUUGAAAUUGUUACAUAUAUUUGUUUGUUUGUGUAUUUCAUCUUGCCCAUCUUGGUGUAAAGGAAUUAUUUCCUCUGCCUGUUUUGGAGUUAGCUGUGCGUCAGGUAAGGUCCUCACUGCUCUCACCCACCCUGGUGAGCCCAUGGUUAGAAGAGCAAGAGCAACACUGAGAGAACAAUGAAAGUGAGCCCCUGACAGUCCCUUGCUUUCCACAGAAGACAGACAGGACUGCUACAUCCUCAAGACAACUGUGUAGUGAGCUGUUGUCUGUUAGUGAAAACACAUGUGAUUGGCUGAAACCGAUAAGUCUGCAUAGGCCUCUGGUCAUGUUGGAAAAUUCUUCUGUAUUACAAACAGAACACACACACAUGGAUGCUCUCUCUCACACACACACACUGAUUUGUUGGAAUGUCAGUGUUUUACUGCCCCCUAGAGAUUAUAGGGUGGAACUGCAAAACCACCAUGUAGCACACAAAGGUCUUUUAUUGGGUCCCUGUAAGUCUUAGCCUGGUCUAAAACGGUCUCCAAAAAGGAAGAACAUACAAGGAAACAUGAAGAAUAGAUAUCAAGACAAUCAAACGUCAUUUAUCCAUCCAUUGCUCAACCCACAAGCAAGUUCCAUUGUGCUUAUUCUCAGUCAGUGUAUACAGACUCUCAAAGUACACACAUACACCAUAUGAUACACACAGACCUAUACAUCAGAACUAUGUGAUAAUUACAAUACUAAGGAAAUAAAUGUAUACGUGCACAGAAGAAAAUAUAUUAUUUGCGUGUGAACCAUCCAAGCUAGGUUGCAAAGUUAUUAGAACUGCUCAUUUCACUCAGAUUAGAGACUAUUAUUCUUCCAAUAUAGUCAUAUGUUCUAGUGAUGAACUUUAAGUACAGAAGACAGUGAUGGUGGCCCUGAACAUAGUGCCUAAAGUUUUUUUUUUAAAGUGGCAAGGAAUGGCUGAGUGACCAGGAGCAACAUCAUCUUUGUUAACAUUGUUCAUAAUUAAAACUAUUUAACAUCUUUA